AUGGCCUUCAAGUCCAAAUUAUACGCUUUGUUGCUCAUGGUAGGUGUGGUGACUUGCACUCGGUUCCCACUUCAAGACCGACAGGGACAAAGUCAGGUCCCAGAUUAUGUUCUGAAGUAUGGUGAGUACUUAUAUAUCUUAUCAUCAUUCCUGAAUCCACUACCCUCCCCUCCACUAUUCCCUGAGGGCAAACUGCUGUCCCUUAUUUCUUUCAACACCCCUAUUAUUAAUAUUUACUCUGAUAUCCUAAUGUUUACUCCCACCCUCUCCUGA